AUGGUGUCUGAUACAUUAUCUAAGCUCCAUUAUAUAGUCGCCUUCGUAUCAGUCUUCUUCAUCAUUCUUUCAAUAACAUCCUUCUGCCUAAAAACGGCCCCCAGCAUGCGGAUUCCAGAACUUGUGAAUCGAACCGUUGAGGUUCCCAUUGAAAUUGUUACUCCAACCACUUACAGUAGCGAGAGCUAUCACUUAGGGGAACUUGAUACUAGAAACGAUGGUGAUAAUAUGCACACUGCAAUGCACACGCGAAAACCAAGGAGUUCAAUCUUAACUUCAACAGAGACAAAGCUGUCUCAAACCCACUGGAUGAUCGAACGAACUUCCAUCAAGGCUCACAACAUAUUUGAUUACAUUGAAAUCAUCUGUAACAUCUGGUUCACCUUUGAAAUCAGUCUCCGUUUCCUAGUGGCACAUUCAAAACUUGCUUUCUUUCGUUCUGCUGUCAACGUUAUUGAUCUACUAGCUUUACUCUCCUUCUACUUAGACCAGCUGCUUGCCAGAGUUCUCCAGUUCAAAUCAGAGUAUGAGGUGCUGGAAUUCUUUUCCAUUGUGCGUAUUAUGCGGCUAUUUAAACUCACUCGGCAUUAUUCAGGCCUGAAGAUUCUAAUCCACACCUUUCGUGCGAGCUUAAAGGAGCUCCUCCUAUUGGUCUUCUUCCUUGGAGUUUUUAUUAUCAUUUUUGCGGCUCUGAUGUAUUACGCAGAACGCUUUCAACACAACCCUCACAAUGAUUUCAACUCUAUUCCUGUAGGAUUGUGGUGGGCUAUUGUAACAAUGACAACAGUAGGUUACGGAGACAUGGUACCAAAAACGUAUCUUGGAAUGAUUGUAGGGGCUAUGUGUGCCAUUACUGGAGUGCUAACCAUCUCCCUACCUGUGCCUGUCAUUGUUUCCAAUUUCUCCAUGUUCUAUUCUCACACUCAAGCUCGCUCCAAGUUGCCAAAGAAAAGACGUCGUGUUCUUCCAGUUGAAGCAGUUCGACCGAAAUGCGGUGAGACAGUAACACCAAGAGGUGGGCCAAGUGGUGGUGGAAUCCCUGCAAAUGUGUUCUCAGGAUUUGCGGCCAAUUUUGGACCCUCCGUGAAGUUGGCAGAGCGUGGCCCUUUUCCCGAAACUCUUUAUGGACGUUGUGGUCGGAGAGGAGAUAGUGCGACUAUAUUUGAAAAUGACCACACUGCUCCUUUGUGUCCAAGAAGGAAUAAUUCGGGUCCCCUUCCAGCCAGCAGACAGGACGGCGUAGCUGGAGUCAGUGAAGAACUACCAAACCCAUCCAAACUUACACGACCAUCAAGUAAGUGCUUGUUUUUAUAUUGA